CAUUUGACUCGUUCAGGAUAAUCAACAGUCUAUUAACUAGUUCAGUUGUGACCGCGUUUUACUUGCACCUCGACCAAAACUCCGAAUCCUGCUAUAAAGGCCCGAAUUUGUACUUAUUGUGCCAUUUUAUUCAGAAUCCAGUGAUGCAUCGCUCAAUAAAAGUUUGUAUGCUCCUCGUUUUUUCUCCUUCGAUAUUCGGAGCGAACGAUGGAAAAAAGGGAAGCUGGCAUACCGAUUCAACGAGCCCAGUAAUCGACAACGAACCCAAAAUAAAUUCGCCAUCAGAUUUUUAUCUGAAAGAAAUGUUGAAGCAACUAAUAGCAAUAAAUAAAAAGAUCGACAGAGCUAUGAUAAGAGUGAUGGGGUCAACGGUCAAGGGCACCGAUAAUAUGAACGAUGAGCACAUCAGAAGAAUUCUAUACUCCAAUUUCACUCAACCUAAUUGCGAAAGUUUGAUGAACAGCGAUUCGCCAUCGGGAAUUUAUCAUUUUCCCUACAGAUACCCGAAAAAGGAAGUGGAAUGGCUUUGGAAUAUUUACGAAAUUUAUUGUGAUCAGUCGAACGGUGGGGGUUGGACAGUCAUUCAAAAACGCGACGACAAAUCCUCGCACCGAAUUAAUUUCACGAGUCAAUCCUGGGACGAUUAUGCCAAGGGAUUCGGCGACCUCGGGGGCGAAUUUUGGUUGGGAAAUGAGUGGAUCCACAGAUUAACUACGCUUUUUGGUCCGUACGAAUUGAGACUGGAAUUCGAGGAUCGAUUGGGAAAUCAAAAAUGGGCUGAAUAUCCCAAAUUCGAAAUCCAUUCGCGCAAGGACAAAUAUAGAAUGCGAAUUGCUCCAUCGGUCGCUAAAAAUUUAACGAGAUCCGCGAGAAGUUCCAUUUUCGAUCAUUUUCCAAUGGUUGGCGAAGAGUGUUCCAUGGACUUUGACGAAAUUUGGUGGUCUCCAGACGAGUGCAUCGGCGUCAAUCUCAACAGCGACAGCUACAAAAAAACGAAGAUGAUGAUACGAUUGAAAAACAAUUGGCCCUGAAAUCGACUAUAUUUUUAGAAAAUAAUGAACAAAUGUUUAUUCAUUCGAUAAUAAAAAAUACUAGAAAUUCGUUUACCAUUUUCAAAUUAUUUAUAAUUCGAAACACUCAAAACUGCUGUUGCAAACGAAAAACCCAACUGGCCCAGUCCACCUCCAAGAUCCAACGUCCCAUGACCAGAGUUUAUUGAGAAACGUGAGAACACCGUAUGCAGUCGAUCAUCAUCAGCCGCCGCAGGCGAUCGCGAUGCGCGUCCGUUUUCUCUUGAAAAAGAAAAAUUUUCAAUUUUUUUAUUCCCGCCUUUAAAAAUCAUCAAGUAAAAAAAAACAAACAAAAAACGUGAAUAUGUGUCGUCUGAAGGGACUCGGGCUCUGCUGGACCGUUUUGAUUUUUCUACCUGACACGUGGACAAUGCCUUUGAUGACACAUACGAAUUUCGUAAACUUGAAAAAAGGCUUGAUUAGCAACAAGCCUGGGCCUGUAACGUUGUCAACGGUUUUGGAAAUAUUGCGAAGCGACAUGAAAAAAAUUCAAACGACGCUAGACACAACGGCGGAAAAAUUCGACAAGCUGGAAAAAAAUCUUUCGAAUAUAAUGAACGAUAGAAAAAAUCGUAAGGGGACGACCCUUGAAGGGCUUGAAAAACGAAACGAUUCGGAGGGGAAUUUCAACACGACGAUCAACUUUACUAACGAGUAUUUGAACACUUACAUAUUCACGAACAAAUUGGAACGCAUGUCAAAAAUUCAGGAGAGAAAUUCUCGUUUGCUUGUUCUGGAAAUGACGUCACUGACGAAUUUGGAAGAAAGUGUAAAUCGGUUGGAAAAUUUGAUCAAUUCGACGAGAUCGAAUGUCGAGAGAGACGUUUCUGAUUCUAAAUUAUCGACUUACCAGGAACGAGUCGUUGAUUGGUUGGCGUCGAUAGACAAGCGGCUGCACGGCAUUCCGUUACUGAAAAUCGAUGACCUUCACUCGACUCUCAAAGUCAACAGCUCCGCAACGAAAAACAACAGAACGGUGAAAAUUUUUCCAAAUGGGAAUGAGAACUCAACGACGGAACGUGUUUAUCGUCGAAAUUUCACCGUUCGCAGCUGCGACGGUCUACGGGACGACAAAAAUUUUCGUUCGGGUAUUUUUUUUUUGGAUAAAAACGACGCCGCAACGAAAAUGAUUUGGGCUAACGUUAGUCGAGUCAGUUGUGAUAUGGAGACGAACGGCGGAGGCUGGACGAUAAUUCAGAGACGCGGUGGACCGUUCGAAGGCAGAGUCGAUUUCAAUCGAUCUUGGAACGAGUAUGCAAAUGGAUUUGGCGAUCUCGAGGGUGAAUUUUGGUUUGGGAACGAAGUCGUUCAUCGUAUGACAUUUUACCACGGUCAGUACGAGCUGAGAAUCGACCUCGAGGACUGGGAAGGUCAAAAUGUCUGGGCACAGUAUUCUGACUUCGAACUCGGAACGAGAAUGGACGGUUAUCGAAUAAAGGUUGCCGGUUACACGGGAAAUGCGACGGAUUCUUUAAGCGCUCAUUAUUCAACACCUUUUUCUACUUACGAUCGAAGAAACGAUUAUUCGCCGGAAUGCUGUCCGUGCACGUCCGAUUAUGGCGGCGGGUGGUGGUACUACAGUUGCUUCGAGGCUAAUCUUAACGGUAAUUAUUACACGAUGGACCAAUAUCGAGAACCGUACAGAGGAAUAAUAUGGGAACACUGGCGGGACGAUUAUAGCCUCAAAAGCACUAAAAUGAUGAUACGCUUAAAAUAUCGUGAUUCUUUGAAUCGAAUUUGAUUGAUAUAAAAGAUGUUUUGCUGAGUAUUGUCAUUGUCUGUAAGAAUACGCAAGAUUUUCAUUUAAAAUUCGGUGUUGUUUGAAGAGCGACUUGUAGUACGAACGUUCGCAGAUUGAAAUGACAGCAAAUAUUCAAAAAGAGCGCAUAGUUGAAGAAAGUUUUUAGUAUCAAGCGCUGUCAUCGGCUAGGGAUCAUGACCGGCGAUGCGAGCCCCACGGUUGCAAUUGCGGUGUAAAGAAGAAGUUUGUGCCGGCCGGGCAAUACGGUUCAAAACGACAAUAUAAAAAUAUAUUUACACAUGCAUUUUA